UAGGAAGUACGACUUUUCAGAAAGCUAAAACAUGUUACCCUUUUGGACUUUCCUGGUGCUGCUUUGUGCCUCCGGAGUCCUCGGACAGACGCAUACCAAAAGCAAAAACGACUCCGAUGUAGAGCCCCGAAUCGUGGGUGGAACUCGCGCGAAGGAGGGUCAAUUUCCCCACCAGGUUUCCCUACGCCGUCGUGGAAGUCAUACUUGCGGUGCAUCUAUCAUAUCAAACAACUAUGUCGUCACCGCCGCUCAUUGCGUGAAGCAAGGAAAUAAUGUAGCCCCGGCUAACCAGCUUUCGAUCCAGGCAGGAAGUCUUCUCCUUUCAAGCGGAGGAGUAAAUGUUCCGGUGGCCACUGUUACCGUCCAUCCGGAUUAUAAAGGCAAUGGCUACGACGUGGCCGUUCUCCGCCUGAAAAGCUCGCUUGAUUUUAACUCCAAAAUCGCCGCCAUUCAACUAGCCACCGAUGAUCCACCCACUGAUGCCACAGUUGAUAUCUCCGGAUGGGGAGCCAUAGCCCAGAAGGGACCAAUCUCCAACUCCCUGCUGUACGUGCAGGUGAAGGCAUUGUCUCGGGAGACCUGCAAGAGAAGGUAUCUCCAACAGCUGCCCGAGACCACGAUGUGCCUGAUGCACCCUAAGAACAAGGGAGCUUGUUACGGGGACUCUGGCGGUCCAGCCACCUACGAGGGCAAGCUGGUCGGCUUGGCCAGUUUCGUAAUCGGUGCCUGUGGACGAGAUGCUCCUGAUGGCUACGAGAGGGUCUCCAAACUUAGGACUUGGAUCAGGGAGAAGGCUAGCUUGUAAUUCCCAAAAUGGGUUUUCCAAUUCCAAUAAUUGGUAUUUAUUCUUUAAUCAAAUUAUUUUAAAACAAAAUGAUUACCAAAUUUAGUGAUUGUUUUGCAUAAAAGUACCUAUUAUUGUAUAUAUUCCAUCUAUAUUGUUUACGGUUCAAAUUAAUAUUUGAAACGUGUUGAAAUACUAUAUUUUAUCAAGCACGUAAUAUAUAUAUGGAAUAAAAAGGCAGCACAGAAAGAA